GGGCUCUCAGGGUUGCGCUUCUUGUGGAGGGCUCCCUGUGGUCGGGCCUCCACUGCAGCACGGCGCCCGCAGCAGUUUUGGGGCUCAGACCUCCCGCUCCCGUGGCUGGACCCCCCCGACACCGUGAUCUCUGUCUCGCAGCGCGAGGAGCCGCUCCCUGCAGCGGCGCUCUCCGAUCCUGCCCCCGAGGGCCAUGCCGGCAGGCGCCGGGCGGCCGUGGAGCGCGCUGCUGGUGCCGGGCCAGCCCGUGGAGCUGCCGCGCCUCGGGGGCGCUGCGCUGCGGCUCACGCUGGCGGCGAUCGUGGGCGCGGAGGGGGAGAGCGGCCAGGAUGGCGGCGCUGUGCUGUCCGUCAUCCUCCCAGGGCGGCGGGGCACCGGCGAGUGCUCGUUCGCGCUGGCCAGGAUCCGCGCGGCCCCCGGCGCUGGUGCUCACCCGGUGGCGCACGUGAGGGCGCUGGUCGGCUGCGGCAAGGGCGCGCGGCUGGUGGCCGUGGGGGGCUCUGUCGUGGUCGCGGGGCGCAUCGAGGCCGGCGUUCUGCGCCAGGCCGGCGCGCCCGGCCCGGCGGGUUCUGCGGGCGCAGCGGGGGCCGCGCCGUCCGCGGCGGAGCCCGCGCCAGCGCCGCGCGAGGGCGCGGCUGCCGCGCAGGCCCCGAGGCCCAGGACGGAGGAGGAGCGCCUGGACCUCGUCGAGGAGCACCUCCGCAAGCGGGGCCGCACGCCCCUGCGGGCGCUGGGCAACGCCGUGCCAGCGCCGCGGCGCGCCCGGGGCCUGAAGGCCGCGCUGCUGCAGCAGCGGUGGCGCUUCCUGGUGGACCUGCAGGGCUGCGUGGACCUGAACCGCGCCCGCCGCUGGCGCUGGCGGUCGCAGCCCACUGCGAGCGGCGCCCUGCAGGCGGCGGCGGCGGCGGCAGAGCGGCGGGGUGGGGCGGCGGCGGUGCGUGGCGGCCGGGCCGCUGACGGGCCGGAAUGGCAAAAAGCGCAGCGGGGUCUGCCCGGCCUCCCGCACUGCUGGCGCAAACGGGUCUGCGCUCGCGCGGCCCGCGCCACGGAGGCGUCCUUCUCCAGGGUGGCGGCGGCGCGAGAGCGCAAAAAUGUGAUUCACCGCGCUUCGCGCAGCGCAGCGGGAGGCUGCAAGCCAGAACGCCUGGGAGCUGCAACGCUGACGGCCACGGCCAGCUGAAUUGGCUGGGGAGGAGGAGGAGAAAUGGACAAGGUGGAGGAUACCCAAGUCUAGACGCUCAGCGCAUCCAGCAUCCAUCGUCUCGCUCAAUUUCUGCAUUGCCUAAAGCACGCUGGCCUUGCCUGGUGUCGUCUGCUCUGGCAGGUGUGGCUUGCGCUCGCUGGUUGCUUGUGGUCUAACCGGGGUGGAGUGUUAUUUGGGGCGCUCUUGUCUGAGUUCUCUGGUCUUUUCUGAUACGAGCCCUGAUCCCCUUUUUUGUUUUUUGGUUAUGGACAUCUGGACGCGAGAGUCGGAUCGAAAAAGG